AUGCCUUUCAACCGGACCGCGGUCCGUAAUGUCUUCAUCUACAACAGAGCAACAGGCACUUGCCUUGGUGGACUGCGACAGAACGGAUCAGUGACCGAAGCCGUUUUCCUCUGGAUAUUGAACAAUAUCCUCUUCCUUGUCUCUUCAUCAUCUUCAGAAGAUGCCGAAAUUAGUAUCCAUGCCCAAGCACGAGCUACUCAACGGGUCGUUUCACCGACAAGCAACCCUCUUGAAGCAGGAGAUAUUAUAUUAGACCCAAACCCAAUCGAACUCACCGAUGAGCCUUGGAUACAGCGCAUUUUCUCACGCAGCGUAAGCUCCGGAGGGCGCGAGGAAGACAGGUUCCGUCUCGGAUUACGAGCACGAGAUGGACGGUGUGUGCUGAGCGGCGUCGUCAAUCUGAAUGCGGAAAUGGGAGACUGGUCCCUCUUUGAGAGCGCGCAUGUUUUCCCGCUCGAGAAGGAAAGUCUGUGGACCAGGGAUGACUUUGGGAGAUGGAUUACAGACGACGACGACGACGACGACGACGACAUGGACUUGGACAUGGACCACGCAUCCAAUAUCUCGAAAAUACAUUCCUGCCAAAACGGGUUGCUUCUGCGAAGAGACCUCCAUACAAUGUUUGACAGCUAUCUCAUCUCUGUCAAUCCAGACGACGGUUACAAGAUCACAGUGUUCAACUACGAUAUAUUAGGUCUUGAUGGGCGGAUCCUAGAUCCCGUCUGUCGUGAUCCAGCUGACCCGCACCGUGUAUCUGAUGAGAUAUUGAGGUGGCAUUUCCGCCAGUCUGUGCUCGCCAAUAUGCGAGGGGCCGGUGAGCCUAUCUUCGAGCACGAUUUCCCGCCAGGAACGGAUAUGAUGAGGGACAUUCAAGACGAGCCACGGGGCCAGGAGAGGUUUGAAAUGGAGAUUGCUUUGCGGUUACGUGGAGGAGGACAUGGGGACGGGUAAAAAAUCCCCAGGGGUCAUGAAUGUUUGGAAGGAUCCGGGAUAUCUGCUAUCGUGAGCUAUGAUGCUGGACAUAUACAGUAGGACCAGCGGUCCCCGUAUGUCGGGGAGAAAGAGAGAGAGAGAGAGAGAGAGACAAGGAACAGAUAAAGGGGGGAAGGAAACACGAACCGAAGCGGCAUUACUGAUCUAAACUGAUGAAGAAUUAACGUCGCAUGCUGAAAACCUUUUUUUUUUUUUUUCUUUUUUCCAGCC